CGGUGAGGGAUAAAAGCUCCAGCAGACAAGGGGCCGCACACUGCUCCCGCAGCACCUCCACCGCCAGCACCGGCCAUGAGUCCGCACCUCCGCCUCCCCCUGCUCCUCCUCCUCCUCCUGGCCGCCGCCGCCGCUCGCUGCCGGGGGGCGCCGCUGGCCGGGGAGCUGCGUUGCCGCUGCGUGCGGGCCGUCUCCGACGUGAUCCCGCCGCGACGCCUGGCCCGCCUGGAGCUCGUCGCCGAGGGGCCGCACUGCGCCGUGCCCGAGGUCAUAGCCACGACGAAGCAGGGACAGACGGUCUGCCUGAGCCCCUCCGCACCCUGGGUCAAGCUUCUCCUCGCCAAGCUCCUCAGCAGUUCACAUAAGAAGCCCUGAGAGAAGAAACCUCUCCAAAUGAAGCCACCUCUUUUUGCCAGAAGAUACCGGGAAAUGGAUGCUGGAAGAACAUAGUAGCCCGACUCUCUAGUUUUAAUGAGUUUGUAGACCAGCUGCUCUAUGUUUAGUUCCUUUAAGAUUCUCCCCUCAUAUUUAUUACUGCCAGUUCCUACAUAUGUGUUGACUCAGCUGAAGUGAUACAGUGUGUGUAAUAAGACAGUGUAGGCUUUACUAGGCACCUCUUGGCAACCUCAGCACCCCAACUGUUGUGCAAGCUCCUUCUCCCCAAACACUAUUUGCCAAGUUCUUGUAAAUAGCAUUUACAAACAUUUACAUACUCUCUAAAAAUAAGAUGAGUCCAUUGUGGAGAUUUGUUUCUAACAAGAUAAUGUUGGGGUUGGUUGGUCGGUUUGUUCACAUUUGUUUGUUGACAAACAAGUUCACACUUAAUUAUUUGGUAUUUAUACACAAGAUGUAAAGGAACAGUAAAUGUUCUGAAGAGGCUUAGAUAUUUUAUGUCUACUUGUAUGACAUACUGUCAUCACUCAUAUAGAAUAAGUAAUUUUCCUUAUUCUGCUUUGGAAAAGUGUAUUUAUGAAAAAGGUGGAUUUAUC